AUGGAGAGCAAUCUCAAAGUAAUUCUUCUUGGAGAUAAAAGUGUUGCAAAAGACGUGCUGCCGCCAGAUUGCCUUGUGAACCAAUUCACGAUUGAUCUCUAUUGUGGGAGUCUCAUCGGAUAUGUUGAGAUGGAUGAGACUGAGUUACAUCGUGUUUACCUUGAAUCUCCCGCCUCUUUGGCAUGCCUCUGGGCAUCGCCUGGACCCUUGGCUCAAAGUAUAAGUGAGCUGUUUAAAAUAGCAGCAGUAUUAACUAACACCAAGGGAAUCAAGCCGUAUUUUGGCAACUCAGCUUCAGCCGUGUAUAAGAUCUUGUGUCUCUAUCAAGAAGAAAUGGAGGGAGUUGAGCUUAUAACGCCCUCGAACCUUGAUCCUAUUGUUGAAGCCUGGCUUUUCCGCAAAGGCUUCCAGAACAGGGAAGACAUAUGCCGGCUGCAAAAUGCUCUCAGGAGCAUAAGGGACCUCUGGAGAGAACUGAACCAGGGGAACGAUUUUGCCGAAGAUGCUCUCGACGAUAUUCCAACUCCAGUGGAUGAUGCGCUUGAAAUAAACGAGCUGGACGAUCUAAUUGAAGAAUCUCUUGGUAGUUCAGAUGAAAUAAAGGAGCAGGAAAUGUUCCAACUGGUCGAAGUAAGAAAACAACAUAUGCUUGCUGGUUGUAGUUCACUAGAAGAAGUGGAAAUACUAAACUCUGAAAUGAACGACAUUCCAAAUUCCAGCUGUCUCAAAGAUCUAGUUCCAAUCUCCGACCACAGAGACCUGGAAGAUCGCUGCCUAGCUACAUCCUCAACCAUGGCUAAUUCGCUAUGUCUACCCCUGAAUCAUCUUCUGCGGAAGAGAACAAAAAGGGAAAGAGAUACCGCAAUACUAGACGGUGUGUCCUAUCGAGGUUAUUGGAAACCAUCCAUAAAGUCUGGUAACUUGGUUAUACACGUUGCUCCUGACAUAGCAGCAAUCCUACUCUCCUUUCCCGGCCAGAGUAGAGCCGAGUUUCCAGAGGAGAUUCAAAUCAAGGCAGAGAUUUGCCCAGACAAACGACAUCCAUGUUGCUGGGCUAAAGAAGCUCAGGACAAUGACCCUAGUGUCAGGCUCGCUUUCCAUGUUUCGAUGGGACAGAGGACAGUCUAUCCGUCCAUAUGUGGAAGUGUCCCCAUUCGAAAAGCUAACACAUUCGUGGACUGGGUUACAGGUGUGCCAGUGGAGAUGAUAGCUACGCGGCCAAGGAGACAUAUUAAUGCGCAUGAGGAGGGUAUUGUUAAAGCAUUAGGCUGUCCCAGAAAAGGCACGUAUUACACAGAUGCUCAAGGUAAUAUUGUGUAG